GUGUCUAAAACAAUUGAAUGUAAACUUACAGGAAAUAAUGUGAAAGAUGAUAUAAAUGUAGUGGUUUCUUAUGUUAUUCGACUGUUAAAAGCACUAGUUGGAGAAUUAGAGCAACAAAAAUCAAAACGUUCACGUAUGGGUUAG